UUUUAGCUAGCACUGCACUCUGUAGCCUCGAUCCCAGGCCGCUCUUCCUGAUUGAGGCCUUGUGAAGGAAGCUAUGCACUCUGCAGCCGGCCCUGUUUAUCCUCCCAGUCAUUGCUAGCCACAGAACUUGACAGAAGAUAAUGGCUUUAAGUGUGACUCAUCGUACAGAUCCAGUUCUUGCCUGGGCAAGAAAAAUUUCGAAGGAAUUUGUUUCAGAUGAUACACUAAAGCUACUGAAGUUUUGUUUUGGUGGUGACGACGGAAUACCACAAACAGAUAUCGAGGAUGCUGGGUCUUUCCUUGACCUGUUUACCAGAGUUUUGGAUAAGUUGUACCAAAGAGAUGUGAUGCGGGCCUUGAGCCGUUUUGUGUACAUUCUCGAUUUUGUCAGUGGCCAUCGAAAGUAUGGCAAGAGAGGCACUGCUCUACUUGUGAAGCUUGGUAUAGACAAGCCUCAAAUGUAUAAAGAUGAGAAUGAGCCUAAAAUUGUUCAACUCCAUCAUUGCCUUGCUGCAAUAGCGAGUCGAUUGAAGCCUGACCAUGAAGAAAGCAUUAGAAAUAUUGUGGCUGGAAAUUUUGGUAUUGCACCUGAGAGCCAAGCGAUGAAGAGUAUCCCUGCUCUGUUUAGCUUUUUGAUUCAUCAGAGAGCAAUAACCGUUGAAGACCAGAAUGAACUUGUUGAAGUGCUAUUCAAUAUAAGAGCUAAAAAUCACUGAUAUACUUGAAGAAUUACUGUGUACGAAACAAUAUUCCACUUUCCCCCAAACUAAAGGCAUCAGAUGCAGAAAGUGCACCAAGUUCAAGAACUCCAUCCUUUAUUCCACCAGAUACCACAGAUUUUGAGCUAAACUCUGAAGAAAUGUCUCAGGAGCUAAACUCUAAUGAAAAAUGGACUCAUGAAUGGAUACGAAAAAGGUCUUCUUCUAAUCAGAGUGUUGGUCCUCCGGAACUUACAAUUAAUUAUGUGCCAUCCAGCCCAACACCAACAUCACAAGGUACCAUUGUGCAACAACCUUCACAACCUUCACGAGCAGUACCGAUCAUUGGGGAGAGAACUGAGAACACUCCAUUACUUGCCGAAGCAACAGAUUUAUCCAACUUGCAGUUCGGUGAUCAAAGAGACUCCGUUAUAAUUACAGGAAAAGGUGUAACUAAACGCAGUGUUUGCAUCUUUGUACUCAUUUUUGGAUUGUUGGCAGCAGCUGUUACUAUUGAUGUAGUUACAGCUAGCUAUGGUGUGCACCAUGCUUCUACACACAAGUGCCCAGGCACUCCUAUCAGUCAGCUCGCUUAUGAAGGAUCUACAAUUUUACUCUACAAUUUCUCACCGUACUAUGUGAGCAAUGUUAUAUUAGCCGAGCAACUGGAGCACGAUGAAAAUUUUCAUGACAUUGAUUUUGAGUUGAUUGAAUAUUGUCACUUAAGCUAUGAAAAGAACACAACAACUGAAACAAUGAUGGAUGCAUCUGUUAUGAAAAAUAUUACAGCUUUGUAUUUAAUGCCUGGUUCCAAAAUCAGUUACAACAUUUGUGCUGUGACUAAUGAGGAUCCAGCAAUUGGUGUUCGAUUAGAAGUUUACGUAAUGACGAAUCUCGAAGAGGCACGCUAUUUUGACCCCAAGAAGUCAACUACUUACAAAAACUUCCUUGUAUGCUCCCUCCGUGAUAUUGACCCUUGUUCUUGUAAUUCUUUCACGUAUGAAGUUAAGCAGCCAAACUACUACAGUGUGAUCUUUGUUCCUCGCCACACUAAUUUUUGGAUCCAAUACAACUACACUAGUACUAUAGAAAAAGUGACCAUCGCUUCUUUUCAGAAUAGUUCUUUUCAAGACUGCUCUGUAAACAGAAGUAGGGAUCAGUGCUCAUUUCAUAUUAACGAUUAUUUGCCUCACCAAAUGAACAACGAACAAUGCAUUAUUGCCAACAUCAAAAUAAAUGAGUUUGAGAAAAGUAAUUAUCUUCAUAUUUCUGUGAACCCAUCAUGUACUAAUGUGCCCGUAACAUUGAGUGCUAUUUUUCUAUCUCUAGGAUUGAUAGGGUUACUUGUCAUUGUUGUUAUCUUUUUGUGUAUAAUCAAAAAGUUUUGUAUGUAG